AAGAGAACUGCUGCACAAAACUGUGCAGAAAAGGCUGUCAUUCGGCACAUCUUAUGGCGAAAGGAGAUGUCAUGAAGCGGCCUGCGGCGAAAGUGAAGGCCAAAGCCAAAGCCAAGGCGAAGGCGAAGGCAGCGAAAGCGGUGCUGAAACGCCCCGCAUCGAAGCCACCUGGGAAGUCCAAAACUGAGUACAUCUUGGUGUCUGCUUACACCUUGCAGUUGGGCCAUGUGAUGUCCCCCAGCGUGGAAGAUGCCAAGGGGAUUUCUGUGUACCGACGUGAGCACAGGGGGGAUGGGAGCUUCGGAAACCUGGUCUUCCACUGGAGUUGUUCCGACUUCCCUUGUCCCACCUACAUGUGCAGUAACAGCGAACGUACUCGAAUCUAUGCGGUCUCCGAGGUACCAGAAGAAGGUACAGUGUCUGCAUAUUCAUUUGAUGCUCGAACGGGACAGUUGAAGUUGUUGAACAGCAUGCUCACUGGCGGCAGCAUCGCUUGCCAUGUGUCGCUCACGAGAAACGAGCGGACCUUGGCGGUGGCCAACUAUGGUGGAUCAGUGGCUUUGUUUCAGCUAAGCGCGGAAGGCAAACUUUCCCAGCGCUCAGACCUGCAGCUGGCUGAGAGCUUGGGCGUGGGAGUGAACAAAGAGAGGCAAGAGGGGCCACAUCCCCACAUGGCACACUUCGACGCUGCCAACAAACACUUGCUGGUGCCAGAUUUGGGCUUGGAUCGAGUGAUGACUUAUCAGGUGCAGGGUGAGAGAAACUUGCGAUUGCGAGGCCACAUGGCUGUGGCACCUGGUUCAGGGCCCAGGCAUUUGGUGUUUCAUCCAACGCUCAGUG